AUGACUUCAAUAUUUGAGCUGUUGAGCCAUAGCUUGGAGAUAUCCAGACGCACGGCGCAGUCUAUCCUCAUAGUCGCCUAUACGGCAGCCAUCGGACAAACAUGGGUUGAGAGUUCACCGUCUGGCUUGUCGCCGCCGCCGCCGCCGCCGUCGUCGUCCUUUGUUCCGACGAUAGAGUGGACGCGUUGCCCGUCUUUAUAUCCCGCCAGGCUCGAAUGUGGUCGACUGCGUGUGCCAAUGGACCAUGACGAGCCUGGAGACAGCGACAACCUCAUCACCCUCGGUGUCGUUAGAUCUAGGGCUCGCUCGGCUGGACAACACCUGGGGAACCUGAUCGUUAACCCAGGCGGACCAGGAGUAUCGGAGGUCAGUAAGUUCGUCACCGAAAGGGAGGAAGAACUGAUCAGCCAGAAGCUGAUGGAGGUCUACGAUAUCAUCGCGCUGGAUCCAAGGGGCGUCGGUGUAAGUAACCCCGUUAAGUGCGAUGCGAGCAUAUACAACGAACGCGUCCCCAGCUAUGUAAGGAGCCAGAGCGACGUCGAUUACCUUGUUUCUUGGAGUCAGGCCUUGGGCAGGUCUUGCGCCAACCUGACGGGCCCUUUAAUUAACUAUCUCGAUACUGUCUCUGUGGCAAAGGACCUUGAUCUUUUACGCCAGGCGAGUGCCCUAGGGGACGACAAGUUGAACUACCUGGGCUUCUCCUAUGGCACGCAACUCGGAAGCCAGUAUGCAGAGCUUUUCCCAGAGCAUGUUGGUCGUAUGGUCCUUGAUGGUAUCACUGAUCACUCCCAGAGUGAAGUCGGCAGCUUUAUCACUGGAGCCAUGUCCUUUGAAGACACGUUCAAUUCGGUUGCCAGAUGGUGCAACACAACCUCUGAAUGUGCCUUGUAUCAUCAAGAUGUUCCGGCCAUCUUUGACAGGCUGGUCGAUGAUGCCAAUGAGCAGCCCAUUCUGGCUCCUAGCUGCCACAGUCCUUACUCUAAAGCCACCGGUGACCAUGCAGUGGGUGUCGAGACUUCUACCUGCCGGUCAGAGGUGACUGGAUAUGAGAUUAUAGAUAACUCACAAGCCUUCCUACAAAGGAAGUCUCUGUGGAUUGCUUGGUCCAAGGCAUUAUUAGAGGCAAUUCACGGAAACGCGACCCUCCUCUCGACCCCCCUUCUCACCUCCAACGUGUUCCCCAUCACCAACGACUUGAAUGAAUUUUCUGACAGAGCAAUCGUCUGCCAGGACUGGCUACGUCCGACCGGCCCCCGAGCAGGGAGGGACUUGCUGUCAAUGUUCAAAGCAGCCCGCGCACUUGCUCCCCAUACGCGCGGCAUUAGCCAAGUAUCCAAUAUCCCAACCGGCUGCAUCGGCUGGCCUGCACCGGUGAGGAACCCGCAACGACGGCUUUGUAGGGACCAGCUCGAAAAGGCACCGCCGAUCAUGCUGGUGAGUUCCCUUCACGACCCUUCGACGAGCAUUGUUUGGGCAAUUCGCCUACGCAAGCAGAUGCCGACAGCGGUAAGCAUCUUCCGUGAUGGAUUCGGGCAUACGAGUUAUCGGGAAUAUGGCGAAACACAGAUGAUCAUCGAUGAAUUCCUAAUCCAAGGCAGCAUGGCAGAAGACCUGACCACGUUGGACUCGUGCAUUUCGCUUCUCGCGGCAUUCAUCAAACAAGUCCUUGCCUGCCUCCGUCAUAUCAUCCGCUCGGAACUUCCCAAGAGUGCGGAGUACCCUGCGAAUGAUGUUCAAGCCGAGUUUCUGUAA